AGUCAACAGGGCAGUAGAUUUUCUACAUUUCGUGGACAAAAUUAGACUUUUUUGAAAAGCUCGGAAGUUGUAUUUAUAAAAUUUUUGGCAAAGUUCAGUUAACAAUGUCUGAAAAUGUUUGUAAAGUGUGUCUGGUGGAGUAUGCUCCGCUGUACUUGGAUAUAUUUGCUGAGAGCAAUGUAGAGAAAAAUAUAUCUACCAUCAUAUCAAAAUAUUUGUGGUUCGAGGUUACACCUUCAAACGAACAACAAUCAAUUUGCGACGAAUGCUGGAACUCACUGUACAAAUUUCACCAAUUUUACGAAAAGGUGGAGCAAGUCCAUUACUGCACCAAGGAUGAAAUUGGCAAGCUUGAGUUACUGGACAAUGAUCCGUUCGGCGCUUCCGAAGAUCACUUUGGCGAUGAGUCCAGCGACGAGGAUCGCACGGAGUUAUUUGAGUUGGUUAAAACGGAUCCGGUUGCUGUCGCGGGUGAAAAAGAAACUCUUUUGACGCAGGACGCACUGGAAGAAACGAAGGCAACAAGAAGAUCAACCAGGAUUAGGAAAGGAAAAGUUUCUGGGAAGGAAGCGACCGUUUCUUCAAGAAUUACUAGGCGAAGUAAUGCUAAAAUCGAAUACAAGACUGAAAGUCCUUCGUCCGAAGAGGAUGCAAGUGACCGAUCGGAAUGUGAGGAAGCGGUCAAGAUUGAGGGCUCUGAGAGGAAGCGGAAACAUUCUGCAAGCGACGAUGAAGACAUUGAAGAUUCUAACAGUGACGAGGAGGUGGCACCGAAGUCUGGAAGAGCAAAGCGUAAGAAAGAUCCAAAGUUGUUUGCGCAUAUUGAUGAAUUUAUAUGCUAUUUGUGCCCGGAAAGGGUUGAAUUUGAUAGAUUCUAUCAUGCCACGGUCCAUUAUAAAAAGUUCCAUAACGAACCGGCUUAUAUCAAGUGUAAGAUAUGCGACAAACGAUGUUACACGCCCGGGAACUUUAUCAGCCAUUUGGAGGUCCAUGAAGAUCCGGACAAGUACAGAUGCCAGAUUUGUGGCAAGCAGAACGAUCAGCAAGUUGCACUGGCCAAACAUAUGCGCAUCCAUCGGCCGGAAUUGGAGGAAAAGUUGCCUCUUCGGUGCAGUUUGUGUCCGCGUAGAUUCGCAACGGAACAGAAGCGCGACAGGCACGAGCUGGCCCACGAUCGAAAGCCGGCGGAGAAAACGGCUCGGAUUGUCGGCCGAGACGAGGAACUGUUGGAGUUUUACAAACGGUUUGGGUGUGAAAUCUGCGAUGUAAGUCGGUUGACGGACCCGAGCGUUCCGGAAGCGGACUUUGACAACAUGCAGGAUUUGAAGAGGCACAUGCGAGAUGAGCACAAUGACAAGGGAUAUCUAAAGUGUCACCUGUGCGAGAAAAAGUGCAACAUCCGGUCAAUGCUGGUUAUCCACAUGGACUUUCAUCUCAAUCCGGAAAAGUAUCGAUGCGAUGUGUGCGGAAACAUCUUCCAGAACCUUCCGAAGCACAAGGAAGGCGCCCACGCAGCACCUGGCGAAGCUACGUUCUGUUGCGAGCACUGUGGAAAGGCUCUGACGAGCGAAAAAAGUUUGAAAUCCCACGUGGAACGGAAACACGCGGUGAAGGACGUGCUCUGCGACAUUUGUAACAAACCAUUCAGCAAAAGCACGCUGGAAGCGCACAAACGCGUCGUCCACACGCUUCCAUCGCUCAUGUGCACAAAAUGUCCGAAAAUGUUCCGCAGCAAUUUUGCGCUGAACCGACACCUGGACGAGCACGAGGACAAGGUCAAGGAACGGGUCAAGUGCAGCAUCUGUGGAGUCACCUUCAAACACAAGUACAUCCUGACCAAACACAUCGAUUCGGUUCACACAACCGAGGCUCCGGUAGCUUGCGAUGUUUGCGGUAAAAUGUUCAAAUCGAAGCAUCAUUUAUGGAGCCACAAAUCGGACACGUGCAACACUCGACGCUUUGAUUGCACCAUCUGUGGACGUGUGUUUAAGGUCAAAGUCCGCCUAAACGAGCACAUGACAACCCACACGGGAAAAUCUCUGUAUCAGUGUACGUUCUGUCCGCUGACGUUCAGCUUUCAAUCGAUUCUCUACACGCACCGCAAAAAGGCCCACUACGAGCAGUGGCUGGAGCUGCAGCAGCAGCGAGAAGAGGGCAUCAAGUUUAAGGUGCUUGAGGCGCCGUCUUAAGUUAUGGUUGGCAAUAGGUUUUUCGAGUACUAUUUUUUUUUUAACUUUAUACAAAGAAUUUUAACUCAACAGGACUAAAAGAAACUCCAAGUUUAAGUCGGAUUGGACUGGCAA